CACAGUGAGGACGUGACGGGACUGAACACCUGGAUCAUUGACAUAACACAGCUCAUAAACACAGCGAUAACUACUGGACUGUUGUACGGUUGAAUCUUAACUUAUGGUUGAAGGAUGAAAGGAGGACUAGAGUCCCUGCGGUCCCUCUGCUGAAGUUUCCUUGAGCAAGUCACUAAGUUCUUACAAUAAAAGGGUCACACAUAGGUGGUUGAUAAGCACUUGAAGAUGAGGAAGUGGGGAGAUCGACUGAAGAAGGUUGAGCAGCUUGCUCAGUCGUUCCAGCUGAAACCUCUGGCCACACACUACAAACCUCGGCUAUGGCCAUGCCAGCCUUCCUCUGUCUGGAAGCUCUUUCCUCGUCAGAGUAUGGCUAUCAGCUUCGCUCAGAGCUGCAAAGAGGCUGUACAUGUUUUUGCACUUGAAAAAGAAAAGACAUCCCUGGGUCAAAGGAUCUUCCUGGUUACCAGUUACAGUGAGCUGUGGCAUUACUACAGGACCUACACAGAGUCCUUGAUGCACUGCUAUGAGGUGAUACCAGAUGGCGCUGUGUGUAAGCUUUACUUUGACUUGGAGUUCCACAAGCCCUCAAACAAAGGAGCUGAUGGUAAAACUAUGGUGUCUUCACUUAUCCAGUAUGUUUGUGACAAGCUAAUGGAAGUGUAUGGGAUUGAGUGCUCUGCAAAAAAUGUCCUCAAUCUUGACUCGAGCACGGAAGAGAAGUUCAGUCGACAUCUCAUCUUCAAUCUCCAAAAUGCAGCUUUCAAAGACAACAUACAUAUGGGCAGGUUUAUCCAUGCAAUUCUUCACCCGGUCCUGAGCACAGCCAAAAGUGUACUGAAUGUUGGGAUGAAUUCAGUGGCAGAAAACAGUGAAACAGGCAGACUCCAUGCUGUCUCUGAGGGGACGCCAGCAAAGGCAGAUGAGUUGCCUGAGAGUCCACAGGCCAAGAGGCUCAAGCAUGAAGAGAUGGACCUCAAGUUCCUCCAGGUGAAAAACAAGGAUGGCCAAGACUGUUUAUUUGUUGAUCUUGGUGUUUACACCAAGAACAGAAAUUUUCGCCUUUACAAGUCAUCAAAAGUGGGAAAAAACUCUGCAUUCACGGUGGCAGAUGACAACAAGUUUAUUCCCAAACCUGAGAAAGGAAUUUCUGAAGAGGAAAGUGUGUUCCUGGCUUCCCUAGUCUGUAAUAUAAGUUUCACAGGUCAAAGAAUUCUCAUGUCAGACGUCCCAGAAACAAAGGAAUCCAACAUCUUGAGGCCUCGUUGCCAGCAGGGAUCAGCCACAUGUCCAGAUUCUCUUUCUGGCUGCCUGUCGUCGCCUCAUCAAGAAGUGGACAACUUUGUAUUAACCGUGAUUAAAAAGGAUGGCGUCCAUGGGAGCAUCAGACGAUGGAACUACUUUGCUUCUGAACAACUGCUCGUUUACGACAUCGCAAAAUACCGCUGGUGUGAAAACGUGGAAAGGUUUCAUAAAAGCAACAACAUCAUGAUUGUUGUGGACCUCAAAGAGGAAGUGUGGUACCAGAAGUGUCACGAUCCCGAAUGUAGGAGCUUCAGGUCCUCAAGUUACCCACUGCCACAAGAGAUCUGCGUCAGCUAUAUCAUGAAACUGGAUGAAGAAGACCAGGCUUACUUAAUGGAUGAUGCGGGCAACAUUGAACUCAGCCAGGCACCAAACCAGAACCCAGAGAGCACAGUGUGUCCAGAGGAGGCAAAGGCUGACGUGUGGGGAGGUGGACAGGAUGACCAGGACUACCUGGAGAGCCUGGACGACUUUGAACAAAACAAUGGGGAUAUUUCUGAUCAGCUCCUUCUCAACUGUAUGGCAGAUUUUGACGCCCAGUAGAGGGUGAGUUUGAUGUCACACAAGCAAGUUGAGGGAAGAGUGACUGUGGAGCAACUACACGGCCAUCACAGGAGCUCCACAACCCAUCAGUGAGAGCACGACAGGCAGACCGGUCAAAGGUGCCAAUAAUAGCUUGUAAAGCAGCCCUGUCAUGGAGAGCGGGUACUGGUUGUACAUCAGAAGUGGUAGAAAAACACACUUUACAGAUAAGUGAAUCAGAGGAAACACUACUGCUUUGGCUGCAGUGUCAACCCUAUCAUCAAAUCUCGGUGGGCACAUCACAUUUUAAAAUAACGGUCCAAGUUGCAGUGUUAAAUGGCAGAAGUCUGCUGACAGUUAGGACACUGUUUAACAUAAUGUUCCAAUUGCGCCAUGUGUUAGGAUUUCUUAAUACUUGCUGCCCUGACAUGCUUUGAAACCUGAUGAUUUUCAAUUAUUACACUUCUAAAUGGCUAUUUGUUCUAACAGACAGAAACAUCUCAUAGGAUAAUGGAUGUAAAUACUAUUAAUGCCUAUGACUGACUGACUAAAUAAAUGCAGCAAUAAAGACAAUUAAAAACAAAAUCCAGGUUCUAACAUCUGUCAUUAAAGGAAUGUAUAAAGAUAGUGUAAAGAAGAAGAAAACAUUUUCAUGGCAUGCUAUUCUAUGAUUUUUUUUUAUGGCAUUCCAGUAUGACAACUUAUGUGAUAGUAUAGAAAAUUCUUAUUAUAGUACAUAGAGUAUGUCAAAAAAGUCAUAAUAUAGGAUUUAGAAAAAAUGUCACAGUAUAGCAUGUCGUAAAAGUCAUAAUCAAAAUCAUAGUAUAGUAUGUCGAAAAAAGUCAUAUUAUAGUACGUCGAAAAAAGUCAUAGUAUAGUAUUUAGAAAAAAAAGUCAUAUAUAUAAUGUCAUAAAAAGUCAUGGUAUAGCAUGUCAAAAAACAGUGACAGUAUUGUACGUCUAAAAAAAGUGUAUGUCAAAGUAUGUUUGUCAAAGAAAAGCCAUUCUAUAGUAUGUUGACAAAAGUCACAAAAAGGUCGGAGGAAAGUGUGUCAUAAAAAACAUGUCAUACUAUGUCAAAGUCAUAUGUUGCAAAAAGCCAUGAAAAGUAUGUAGGGGAAAAAAAUGAAUAUCAGUACCAAUAUCUGUUUUGUUCUUACUGUGGUGCAGUCUUUUCUUUUCAUUCAAUUAAGGUUUAUCAGCACCACAUCCACCCGUCCAGAGGGAUAUCAACCUGGUCAACCCAUCUGGACCUCCGACUUGUGUUUGUGCCCCAGACUGUCUGCGACUUGAACUGGCCCCUAUAUCUUUUUGACUCUGCUGCCAGCGGACAAUCAUCUGCCUGUCUGCCUACCAUUCCUGCUGAUUAAAGCUGCCUCAAGAAAAUGCCAGGGUGGCUGUGAUUUUACCUAAACAUAUUGCUUCUAUGUCUCCCUCUUCAAUGUUAAUCUGUGAUAGUUAAUGCUGUUGAUAAUUAAGGUCCUGUGUUAAAAGACAACUCGUAGAGGCACUUUUUCAGUAUUUUUGGUUAUAUAUGUAAAUUCAUCCACUAUUCUGACACCACGCAUAGAAACUUUGACUGUCUAUUAAAACACCAAAUUUCCAGUGAUGGUAUUCUUUCUUUUUAUUUCGUUCAGUCUUUGUCAGCUGUAGUAACUAAGUGGUGUUCUGUGAGAUUAAUAAAGCAUGAUUUUUGUUUUGUUUGUUUAGUAAGUUUGCGCUAUCCCAUUGUUCCUCACCUCACUCAGCGGUUUUGUAUGCUGUUGAGAAGAAGUUUUGUAACUAUGCGAUUUUUACUUUUGUCGGUUCUUUAAAUAUUAAACU